GCAACUCAGAAGUCAGCUGCUUCUGCCUUCGCCUCCCCUGGCUGCUGGCGUCGGAGCUUCGCCAGCAUCGCCGACUUUUCCCCUUGGCUGUGGCGCAGAUGCUGCUUCUGGCAGAUCAGCCUCUCUUGUCCACGAAUAUGUCUACGGUUGCGCAUGAGUUUGGCUUCAAGGGCCCGGAAAGAGAUGAGAUGCUUGGGGGGAUUGUGAGCAUCGUCUUCUUCACUUCCGGUGCACUCUUCUCUCUGGUGGCCGGCCGGCUGGCGGAUCUCAUGAAGCGGACCACCUUGGUCUCCAUUUGCAUGCUCGUCGGCGCUUGCGGAACGCUUGCGAAUUCGCGGGCCCCUAACUUUAGCUCUUUACUUUUCUGCCGCGCGGCCGUCGGUGCCGCGGUGGGUGGCCUUCUGCCGGCCAGUUUCGCAAUCAUCGGAGAUAUGUAUCCUCCGGAGGAGCGUCCUCAUGCUAUCGCAAUGCUGGCCGUGAUCUCCGGUAUGGGGCCCGCCAUUGGACAGGGUUUGGCCGGCUUUCUGGGCCCUACGGCUGGCUGGCGAGCUCCUUUUGCACUGGUUGGGGCCGCCGGCCUGGGCAUCACCUUCCUCUUGUUCGUCCUCCAAAAGGAGCCAAACAAGAUCGAGGAGGCUGAGCUGGACGAGCCCUCCACCAGUUAUUGCACUUCCUUGUGCUCUGCACUGGCGAGACCUACAGUGAUCCUGACAUGUCUGCAAGGCAUCUUUGGGUGCGUUCCCUGGGCUGUGAUCGGCACUUUCCUUGCCGACUUCCUGGCCACCAACGCGAACAUGGGCGUUCCCGGGGCCACAACGGUCCUUUUUAGCUUUGGUGUGGGCUGCUUCACCGGCACUGCGAUUGGAGGGAAGUUGGGACAGCAUUUGUACAGAAGAGAUAAACGGCUGCAAGCCUGGCUCAUGGGACUCACCGUCUGGGGCGGGAUGCUACCGUUUCUGUUCCUGUUUUCCUCUGCCGGUUCCUGGGGGCACCCGGUGCUUUUCUACAUUCUGGCGCUCGCCGGUGGACUCAUGGCGCCGAUUGCAGGGAGCAACGCGAAAGCCGUGCUUCUGAAUACGGUGGCCACGAGGUCUCGCGGCACUGUGUUCGGCGUCUACAACAUUAUGGACGACCUCGGCAAAGGCCUUGGGCCGGCUUUGGUCUCGAGCUGGGUGAGACGUCUUGGACGACGGGACUCCUUUAUGUUGGGGAUUGCAUUUUGGGCGCCCUGUGGCCUUUUUUGUGUCCUCAUGACCAAGACCAUCCCCGGUGACGACCUCUCAGCGCGGACACUGCCGGAGGUCCCUUCGAGGGAGGCCAUCAAGCUUCUAGGUCUCCAAAGACAGUAG